AUGGCAGCUGAUAGGGGAAACUUGCUGCGAGACAUCGAAAACGAUUCGAUAAACAAUGACCAGGCCAUGGCUUCGUCACCACACGAACGUACCUCAGAAAGCGAUAGCAGCAUCCUUAUGGACGUCAACGAUAUUGGGACGUUGCGUUUGGAUGUUGCACCAGAGCCUAACGGCAUCCAAUCGAAGAAAACACUCUUUUAUGAGAAUUCUGAUGACGCUGAAGAGGAGGAGCAGAACAUUCGCAAGAGCGCUGAAGAAGGACAGCAACGCUACAAAGCUUCCAAACAGCUCCGAUUCAAGAUAAACAAAGAGACCACAAAUAAUGGGCAACAGCAACUGUCUGGUGGAAGUGCGGAAAAUGAAGAAGGCGACGUACGACCCUGGGAAUUUAGAAAAGUAAUACAAGCUGAGUACAGAGAAAGGAUGCCGCGCAAUUACGAGUUGAAACAUUGGAAGAAGCCCUCCAAAGUGAUGCUAGAGUCCAUAUUCCGUUUAUUGGAGACCAAUACGGCAAGCGCCCUCGAUUCCGUUACUGAAAAAUACCAUGAGGAGUUGAACCAGAUGACACACGGUGACAAUAAUGAACUGAACAGGAUCUACAAGAAAAAGGAACGCUUGCUCGAGACAAUCGUAACGAAAAUAAACAAGAAGCUGAGGCAGGCAAAAUUCCCCUCCAGAAUAUCGGAAAGAGACCUGGAUAUCGAGUAUAUUUAUUCCAAGAGGCAAUUUAUCCAGAACCGUUAUUCACAAGAAUUACAAAACUGUGAGAGGCUGGAAACAAAUCUUGCACGUGAAAAAAAACUACUGGAAGAGACUAAGAAACUCUGCAAAAACUUGAAGACAAGCAAUAAAAGGCGGCUCACUGAGAAGUUGAUACAAAGAGACCUCCAUCCAGUACUCAAUAAAGCCAUGGAAUACACAUAUGGGUUGGAUUCCACUAAUGGAUCUGCACAGGCAGAUGGGCAAGUGGCUUUUAAAAACGACGCCAACGAAUUAAACCUGAUGUGGAACGACCCUAUUAAAAGCACGACCGAUGUGGGACUCGACAACAAAGAAGUGUUUUCGUUGUUGCCGUCUUUACAAGAGUAUGCAAGCACGUCACAUGACCUUAAGGAAACCAUAGAUCGAAUAGUUACGAACUCACAUGAACGGGAAAUCAAAGAAUUGGCGGCAUCUACCCAUGAAGACCAUCAGGACGAUACAGAGGAAGAUUCACAGGACUGA